AUGCUCUUUUGGUCAAAUGAAGUACUGCGAGCAGCCAUCCACUAUCCUUCCGUACGACACCUUGUUAUUGCUUUGGGUGCUGCGUACGAGUCGUUCGAAUUAGGUGGUUCCAAGGUUGUGAAGACUGUCGACAGCGGCGCGGGGAUGCAAUUUGCUAUGCAGCAGUGCAACCAUGCCAUUCGAUAUAUGGAUGAUGUUUUUCAAUACCAAGUCACCGUUGGCCAGACUAUAGAAAGGACCUGCUGCAUAUUGACCGCCUCUAUUCUAUUUACGUACCUCGCUAGCCUUCAGGGAAACCUUCUCCAAGCCAUACAGCAUGUACGCUCAGGGUUGAAAGUUUUGCAAGACUUUGAGCGCGAUGAUCAAUUCGAUGGGCCCAGGAGCCCACCGUAUCCAGUACCUUUGCUUCGUUUACGAACUCUUCUCAUUUCCAUCUACGGGCAAGUUCGAACGAUGAUCAAUGAUGAGUCACUGCAGAAGUGGCAUCACGACCCACUAGUAUCUCACUUGGAGCCUGUGAGCUAUUUCAUGUCCGUGGACGAGGCUCAUGGUUACGUCGAGCGGCUUUUUCACAACUUGCAGGCAUUUCUGCAAGCUAGUGAACAGUCCCCGCCACGCACUUCAGGGGAACUCACCGCAUUCAUCUCUCGGCGGAGACAAUUACGCAGUGCUCUGAAAGACAGCUGUGAAGCACUGGACUUGCUUGCCGCACGACAACAACCAGGCAAUACAGGCCCAGAAAGCAGAGGAAUCGUGAUACUUCGACUGUAUCAUAUACUCAUCGACAUUCGUCUGGAAAUCGACCCUCUCAAACCCACAAAAAGGGAGUCCGCCUUCGAUAAUCUGCAAGAUCGCCUAGAACAGAUAUUGAUAUUCUGUGAGCAGCUUGUGAAGGAUGACCAUACGGUGUACACGCGGCCAUCUUGCUCGUCUGGACUUGGAAUCGUGCUGCCUUUACACACCGUCGCGGCACGCUGUCGCAGUCCUCGCCACCGGAGGAGGGCAUUGGAUCUUCUGCUCUCCAUAGACAGGCGUGAGUGCCUCUGGGAUAGCAUCCUUACUGGACGCAUUGCUACCAAGACCAUGGAGAUUGAAGAACAUGCUCACUCGAUGGCUUUAGCACACAAAUUGGAGGAUCAAGCCAGGGAAUUGGACGAUGCGAGAGUCAGAGAAGUCAAGAUCGAAUUCACAGAAGAGAAAAAGGUUCUACUCCAAUAUAUCACUGUUCGAGACUACAGAACUGGGGGGAGCGGCACCCGUCAUGUAAUUGAAUGGUAG